AUGCCAAAAAGUCGAAUCAUAAUCGAGGAUGGCGCAAAAUUUAUCAAGGAUCAAGUGGCAAAGAAAAACGUUGGCAUUUUCGAUGCGAUAAUCGUUGAUGCCUGUUACAAUAACAGGAAAAAGCCAAACGUUUGCCCGGUCGAUCCAUUCAUGGAAAAAGAGGGAUUGGUCGCGUUCAAAAAGCUUUUGAGGCAAAGUGGUGUCGUCAUCUACAACGUUUUGGUGAUGGACGCCUGGCAGAAUAAAGAAGAAAUGGAGAAACAUAUCCUUGAAGCAAACACAAGAGUCUUUGGCUCAAAAAAUUGCAGACUGAUUCCGAUAAGAUUUUUGUCGAAUAAGGUUUUGAUUUGCAGUCCAACAGUUCAGCUACAAAGUGAAUUUGACGGAUCACAAGGG